UCAUUUAACAGGAUCUAUCUAUGCUAUUAUAAAGAUAUUAGAAAUGUGCAUUUGUGUUUAAGUUAUUUCAUCAUCCCAUCACGUUAUUUAUUCACCUCAUCUUAACUGUUCUAUCAUUCAAUACAACUCGCAAUCAAUGAAGGAGUCGAGAAGAAUCAGCAUGGAAACCGGAGAUGAUUAUGAUCAAAUGCUCCGGAGUAUGUUUGAGUCCUGCGAUACUGUCGGAUUAGGACUCCUUACACCCAAAGAUUUUGAAAAACUUUGUAAGAAAUUGUCAAUUCAGGAACACGCGACCAGUUUGUCAGGAUUUUUAUUUCCGGAAACAAACAUUCGAAAACUUUUAUCAUAUGAAACCUUUCGUGACACUCUUAUUCGGUUUUUAACCGGAGAUGCCGGAUUUGUAGAAAACGUCUCCGUAGAUGAAAUGAUUUGUAACGAGCAGAGGAACGAUUACAUCAACGGCGAAGAAGAUAAUUGGAAUAAUAACACUGUGGAAUAUAGCGAUGAAAACCGGUUAAACUCCGAAAAUUCAAGAUAUUUUGACUCUGACGCCGACAACGAGAAUCAUUACAGCGGUCAAUCGUUAAAUAAUAAAAGUUGUAAUUAUAACCGAAACUCAAGUCAGUCAGAUUCUCCAAAUAAAUAUCGACGAUACGGUCGGACAUCACAACCAGACAUGGAUUUAUUGAAGACAAGAAAAAGCAAUGAUUCGGAUCGACCAAUUGUGUUGCGGGAAGUACAAGUAGAAAAUACGAAACACUUUGACCACUUGGAAGAAAGUUCGCCAGAAAACUCGCCAUGGAAAGCGGUCGAAGUUAGUUUCAUCACCGAUGGUUCUCCGACGCCGAUUAUAAUGAAAGAGGAAGAGUACACAGGAGAGGGAAAAGAUGAAGAUUGGACAAAUCCCGACUCAGAAAUUGUCUGCGAUCUUAAUUCCAACGUUGAAAACCCAGACUCUGAUAUCACGACGGUAAAGGAAGUGCAAACAGAACUUGAAAUCGUCUGGAACCGAGUUGUCGGUGAUUUAGUAUCAGACGCAAUGAAUGAAAAUCAACUUGGAUGUUUAUGCUCGGAACUCGGCAUGGGACAUUUAUCAAAAAGUGAAGACAUUUCGGCCCUUUUUGCAGCGCUGGACGAAGAUCAGGAUGGAUUUGUGAAAUUUCAUGAAUUUUCAGAACAAAUGUCAGUGUUUCUAAGUUGUGCUCAAUCAAAUCAAAUUGAGCCAGGCCAUGAACAUAUAAAUACGAAAUUUGAAAUUUCGAACUCAGAAGACUUAUCGGGAUUAGACUACGCGAGAGACUGCGUAUUUUCAACAUCUGACGUCAUAGAGGAAGAAGACGAAGACGCGUUUUUACGCGAUGAACAGGAAAAUAUGACGCCAUCAGAUGACGUAAAACAUUUUAAUCUCAAUAGUUCAAGCGCAAAAUCAAUCACUGUAAUCCACACGCCAGUAAAAGCAGUCGAAUCUCGAGAAACUUCACCUAUGCAUAGUGACGUCACUUUAUCACCAGCUACCUCGAUGAUUUCAUCGGACGAGUCCCGAACGCCAGAGUCUCGUGGUCGUCUUUCCCUCGACUGUGAUACUUCACCGUUAUGCCCCACGGUAGUUGCAGUAGAGCCUCGCCAGCUUGCUGCGAUAAACAGAGGUCGGAGAAGACGUCGUUCGUCAGCGGUUGCUGCUUCUAAUCCAGCCGGAGUUCGACAACAACGAAGGAAGUCUAGUCGGUCUAUACCGUUGCCACAUUAUCAUCCUGCAAGUAUUAGGAAAUUGGAUCAACUGCCGUUGUCGUAUUUAACUGAAGAGAACGAAAGAUACGUUUCCCUUGAAACUCUACGAGAGAAUUGGGAAGACGAAGGACUAGAAAAUCCGAAUUCAGUGUUAGAAGCUUUGCAAUUCUCAGCUACAGAACAAUCCGUAUCGAUUGAAGCUUUAUCAGAAGUAUUGGACAUGGAAGUUGACCAAAAUAUUAUUCAAAGAGCAGCGUUGAUUUUAUAUAAAAGAGGAAUAAAUCAUUAUCGAGCAAAAUUUGAACACGAAAGAGCAGAAAGGAGCAAACAGGAAAGUACAAUUGAUCACUUGAUGUCGCAAUUGCAAGAACAAGAAGAGCGGAUUGAAAGCGCAGAAUCGAAAUUUGAUUACAGGAACGAGGAAUUGGAGGAUAAAUACAAGUCUGAAAUCCGUGGACUGACAGAAGAACUCAGUAUUGCCCAAAUUAAAAUAAAAGAAUACGAACAGGAAUCUAUGAACAGGAAGAACAGUGAAUACAACGAUCUUGUGGAGAAAUAUGAGAAGUCUGAAUCCCUUCUUGAAGAACUGAAAAGCGACAAUGAAAAGUUACUGAAACAAAAGGAAGAGGUGGGAAAUAGAUUGAGGGAUGCAGAGGAAAAUAUGAUAAAAAUGCAGGAAGAUCUAAACCUCGCUUGUAGAGGAGUUGCCACAUUUCAUCGUCAACAUGCAAUUCAGAGAAAACAAUACGCAGAUCUACUUCGAAUGUAUGAAGCUCAGGCCCAGUCCAUAGAAGAUACCAAUGACGAAUUAUUAGACAGAUUACAACAGUCACAGCGGAGAUGGUCCUCUCCACAUCGCCGGUCAAAAUCACCCAGCACUCGAUCGAAAACAUCUUUCAAGUCUAUGUCGUUACCUUUGUUACGUCAUAACAGCGAUACAUCCUCCUAUUCGUCAGCAUCUGAAGAUUCGAAUUCUCAUCAUUUAUCAACUUGCCAAGUUUUUGUCAACGAUAUUCCAUCACCUAUAACGUCAUCAACUCAUUUUAUGACGUCAUCACCUACGACAGAUAUCCCACCGAAAGGACCUAAGAAUAUUUUACCAUCCGACGCAUUUGCGUUCUUGACUCCGUCCACCACUCACGCAAAAUCACGUGUUCAAUCGUACGCUCCAGUAACGAUAGUCCCGCCUUCUUUAUCGGAAAAUUGCUCAAACUUUUAACGUUCAUUUUUUUUAUUGCGUUUUCUUUAUAAUUUUGUUUUUGAUGUUUUCGAAAUUAAAGUGCUUGGUGGCAAUGAAUCAAUAAAUUGUCAGUUGUAGUAAAAAAACUGAAUACGCCAUUGAUAUAUGACGUCAUCAUUGAAAAUGCUUUUAUUCGUUAUUUUAAAAUUAUGUCUCAUAAAGGCAAUGCAGUCUGUACUAUCGAAUGAUGUCUCAUAUAUGGAUGAUUUGUCGCUAAAUUCGCUAAAACUGUAUCAUUUUUGUUCCAAGUGUUAUUUUUUUUCGAUGUUUUCAUAUUUUUUGUUUCGAUUGCAGUGGUUUUGCCCGCGAUAUUUUAAAGCAAUAAAAAAAUCGUUUUGCUCAUUUUUUUGUUUAUUUUCAAAAAACUGAAAAAAAAAAGUUGUUCCCAUCAUUUGGAAAAUCUCGAAAUUAAUGUUAAUUAGAUACCGAAAUCACUUUCACAAGUUAUUAGAUAUUUGAAUAUUAUAAUUUUUCCUAAAAUACAAACGAGAAAAAUCGUUUUAGGUGAGUAUAUCAAAUAGUUUUUCUAAUCAGGCACUUGUAAAACUGCCCAGCCUCUGAAACACUAGUCAAUCGCAUUGGAUGAAUUACAGUCGACUCUCAUGACAAAGUAUGGCAUGUCUUCAAAACGUGGUUCUUCGCACUUCAUGCCUCCGUUUACAAGAUACAAAAUUGAAUCAAAUUUUAUCAGUAUCAAGGUGUUAUUUAACGCCGAACCAAAUCCAGAAAGUAACCUAAUCCUAAUGUGAAUAUUGCCAUUAGACUAUUUAGAUAUUUUAAUUCCGACACAGAAAAUUGGCACAAGGUGUUUCAAAAUGGGGCUACCUAUAAGCGAAAAUGUAUUUGGGAUCAUUUCCCACAGUUUAUACGAUUAUUAUGCAAAAUUUAUAUUUACAGUCUCCGCAAUAAAGAAAUUCCAUCAUUCAA